AUGAAACCUUCUGUUCGUUUUAGCACUCCCUUUGACGAUGAAGACGAAGAAGACACUCUGUUAGAAAGGGAUAACAAUUCUCACUUGAAUUUCAGCGGAUCACCUUCGAGUUUUAGAAAUGGUCGUAGUCCUGGUAAAACUAGUCAUAACCCACAAAAACCAUUUCAAGGGCAGACCUUUGUAGUAUACGGUUAUGAUGAAACUCAAAAACAAAAUUUAGAAGAAAUUAUAAAACGUCAAGGCGGUUCCGUAUCUCAAUCGCUCAGCAAUCGGACAACAUAUUUUGUCACAGCCAAAUCAGAGGAAAAUUGUGAGGAAAUUGACGAAAUGAGGCGUUUUAAUCAUAGUACUCACAUAGUUUCCGAAGAAUUUAUUUACGAUUCGGCAAAUAACAUACAUCAUUUACGUGAUGCGGAGGUAUUUGAGAAUAUUGGCGCAAAAUAUUCGAGACGUCAUAGUUUUCAUCAAAGUAAUAGUUGGGGUCCGGAUUCUACGAAUGGUGACCAUAGCCCUUAUUUAUCGGAUGAAAGACACAGUGAGUUAAACAACAGUGGUUCUGAGUUGGAAAGAUCAUCUGAAGACACUGAUUCAUCAGAAUAUGGUGAUAAUGAUGUGUUCGUAACUGUGGAAGUCGAAGCAAGCUAUAAUACGGAUAACUCUACGUUAAAUCCAAAUGCUGCACAAUUGUCUCAAGAUAUGGCAAAGGAGAGGAUGGAAUGGCAAAGUUUUUUGGCUUCCGUACUUACCGGUGAAGUCAUCAAAUCAGAGAAACGUCGUCUGUCAGGAAGUUCACGCCAGGCGUCUAACAUUUCUUAUCAUCUAUGGUUUCAAAUAAACACAACAUUACGUCGUUUACCUAGUAAUUUAAACGAAAGUCGUCGGCAGAUUGAUGAAAUUCUUCAAGAGGUUAUAGAUUUUGAAGUAAAACCCGAUGACAUACCAGCUUUUGAACAAGUUGUUGAAAUUCUACACAAAGUUGAUGUGUGUGAAAGUUUUUAUCCUACGCGCAAAGCAAUGAUGGCAGAUAAAACUUUAUAUAAGUCAACAGAAUUUCAAUAUAAUUUGGAUGCUUUAAAUUCUUGGCUUACGGUGACUAGAAGUUUUCAAACGCAAUUAAAAAUUUUGCAAAAUUGGACUGGAAGUGACGAUUUAGAAAUUGCUAGGCCUAAAGAUGCUCCAGCUGACGCUGAAAAUCCUUCUUUUCUUGAACGAAUAUUAAAAGAAAACAGUUUAAAACAGACAUUUGAAAAACGAACACUUUCCACUUUGACUUCGCUUUUGUUAAAAGCUAAACGUGUCAUGAUCGAAAACGCUGAGAUAUUUGAGAAAAUGAAAUUACCACCUUAUAUUGAUGAAUUACCUCUACUUUUAAACUUCCCCACAAAACUCAUGAAAGAAUGUAUGAUAUUUUUACUUGAAUACGUUAACAUUCUUAACGAUCCUACGACGAUGAUGGUGCAACAAAUGAUGGAUGAUUUUCAAAUUUCCCUUUCUUUGGCGUGUAAGAUCAAACAUCAAUACUUUGAGCUUGUUAAACCUGCAAAAGGAUGGAUGAUACCUUCUUCUAUUGAUGAAAAUUAUGAUACUGUGUUACUGGAAUCAUUAAGAUUCUAUUUUAAGUUAUUGCAGUUGAAAGUUAAAUCAGGUUUUAAGGCUAUUUUCUUUAAAGAAGCAGAAAUUUUAGAUUCUGAAUGGGCUUUUUUGAGUGGAAUUUGUCGACACAUUGCAGGCGGUGAGACUGAGACUGCCGAACAAUUUUGGUAA